AACCCGCUGGCAUUGAUCGUUUAUACACCUGCAUCGCACAUCGCAUCUCCGAAUAGCUUCAAUCAAAAUGGGCUGGCUCUGGACAUCAUUGCCCCCCAAACCUCCCGCCGACCAACCCUCGUCCUCUCCUUCUUCUGCCUCUCCUCUACCUCCAGCAUCCUCCUCCUCAAUACCCAGCUCAUCUCAAGCUCCCAACGAGCCCGUCGAUCCCGAGAUCCAAAAACUCCUCGACCUCUUCAACAAAUCCGACGACACCCCCAAAUCUUCCUCUUCCUCUUCUUCAAAUCAGCCCCCCUCAGCCGUCACCUCAUGGCUCUCCUCCAAAUUCUCCUCCGCCCCCGAAGCCCUCCCCGUCCCGCCCCUCGACCCCGUCAGCGAAUCCCUCCUCCCAACCGACAUGUCCUGCCGCCAGGCCUUUGACCAGGCCUGGUCCUGCAACUCGCUCGGCGGCCAGUGGAACGCCGUCUACCGCAACGGCGAGAUGCGCUCCUGCAGCCACCUGUGGGACGAUUUCUGGUUCUGCAUGCGCACAAAGAGCUUCUCCGGCACCAUCAAGGAGAACGCCGUCCGCGAGCACUACCGCCGCAAGGAGUACGAAAAGUACUACGCUCCCGGCAGCCAUAGCAGCGAGGAGAUUUGGGAGGCGAGGGAGCACAAGGUGGCUCCGGGCAGUGCCUUUUCCGAGGCCAUUGAGAUUGCGCAGGUUGAUGACGAUGAGUGGAGGAGGUUGGAGGACGAGAGGAGAAGGAAGAUACGCCAGGAUUUGGGAUAUGAAAAGAAGUCAUGAGUGUUGAUGUUUCAAAAGAGACAUAAAUGCAUGUAUUAUUAUGAUUCAUAUAUUUGAUGACAUCAAGAGCUUCUCCUCAAUGUACAAACAUACAAUCUAAUACCAAGGACAAGGAUUAAUCAGAUAUAUGCU